AUGCGCGCCGUGUUUACUCGCGAACAGGCGACCGCCUUAGGGCUUCAAGUUCCACAGGACCGUCCUCAGGAUUUGCCCGGGCCUACGUUCGUACCCCGCCGUGUCCGCAACGGCACGAACUAUAGCUGGAACCGCACCACUACUAACCCUAUCGUCCUUCGUUACGAUGAGUUACUGGCAUCGCCCUUGUUCCAGGAGUCUCGUUCUUGGUUGGGGCAGGGCCAGCUUUUCAAUGCUUCCCACACCAUCUACCAGUUGAAUCUCGAACUUGGUAGACCUACCGAACGCCCCUAUCUCCCUCUCGUCGUCGCCUCAGUUAUUGACGUAGGCGAUGGCGUCUCGGUCAUCGACUAUGCGACUAACGGCGCAUUGUCUGAGACCCAGCCAUUCCCCACCACCGUCUUCUCUCCUGCCCGCCCCGUCAUUCGUUCUAUCAGCGCCCAUCGCCGUGACGCUUCCAAGGCAUCCGAAAAGGCUGUCGAGCCUCUUUCUGGCACCCAGGUUACGCCUAGGACGGGUACUGCUCAGGCCGAUACGGGUCCCAAACAGGGUGCGUCGUCUUCAGGCGCCCAUUCUUCAGGUGCCUCGCCCAAGACUCCCAAGUCUAUGAUUACGAAAUCGACGAAGGCGCCUAUCCUACAACAGCCUUCCGAGUCCGUUGGGAUCCUGGAGGACCAGCAAGGGUCGCCUUCUGCCGGCGUACUGCCUUCAACUCCCCUUCUCGAGCGGCGACUCGACCCUCUCACCGCAGCGGCGGGCCUUCUCCACGCCAAUCUUCCUCUAGAACCUGCCGAAGGUUCUGUCGUCCCUGCUCCCAACUUCGAUCCCACCAAGGUCGCCGCCGAGUUUCCUCGCACCGCCGACCUCAAAACUCACGUUCCAGGCGUUCCCCGUGGUCUUCGUCAAGAAGAUGGCGAGUACCGCCCUCCCCCUUCUUCGUCUUUCCAAGCUUUCCCCACGACUGAGGACUUCGCGCGUCAGACAGAGGAGAUCGCUCGUGCGCGAGCUGAAACUCCUCUCGAAGACCGCAUCGACCUUAAGUCUGGAGAUACGCUCCACCACCUCUCAGCUGCUCAACGCCGGCGGGUUUACCCCGAUCGCCGAGAGCCUCACCCUCGUCAGCGCCUUGAAAACGCCCGAACCACUCUCCUAGUCGCUAUGGGUCUUUACCAGAAGGCAUGCGACGCUGUCCGCGAGGCUAACCGACUCCACAGGAAGAAGCAACGAGAGACGGCUGCUCGAGCAGGUCGAAAUCUUUCUUCCGACAAGAACAAGAGGAAGAAAGUGAACGAGAAGGCGCGCAAGGUGCAGUUGAAGGGCCAAAAGGAGGUGGAAAAGGCCUUGACGAGCGACGACGAGGUUUUCGACCCCGCCCCUUUUCCUCCCCCCAAUAUCCCUGAACUCGAAGGUCUCGAACGUGAGACUCUCCAAGAGCUCAUUCGCCAACUUCCUGUUUCCGGUGACGUCUUCGGACCAGAUCCUACGGGUUCUGGUUCCAGUUCUUCAUCUUCGUCCGACUCUGACGCCUCCGCAUCUCAUCCUCCCGUUAAAGCCAAGAAAACCCGUUCCAAGCGUCGCAAGGCGCACCGUCGUCUUCUCCCCACUUCGAUGCGCCCUGACUACGAUCUUCACCCUGCGUUGGCUCGAAACAUCACCGGUGUCAUGGGCUCGCGCCGAUUCUUGACAGACCACGUCUUGCAAAUUGGUCCUUGUCUGCGUUGUGCCCUUACGUUCAAUCCAAAUUGCACGUAUUUGGGUCCCAACCGCCGCUGUGGACCUUGUGGCAAGGGUGGCAAGCCGUGUUCGUUUGAUAUGCGUCCUCUUGAGUUAAGGGGACUUCGAAAUCACGCCGCCGCCGUUGCAGAAGGUUCUUCUUUCUACCUCGAUACUCUGGUACGGGAUAUAUUGCACCAGGCCAAUGUCGUCCGCCUCGAUCUCAAUCAGUACUUCCUCGCCGUCUUACACCUCGCUGAGCUCCAGGCUCGACUCCUCUCUUCGAUCCACCGCCUCUCGUUAACAGACGGCCCCCAGUACGUCGUCGAUGAACACUUCGAUGGAGACUUUGAAAAAUAUCUCCAAUUCCGUGAAAUGUUCAUCUUCGACCACCAAUUCGAGGGUAUCGACGGCAACAUCGUUACGCACGCCGAAUUGGUUGCCCAGAUGGAUCAGAUUUUUGUCCAAGCGGUCCAAGCCCGAGGCGGGGAAGCCCCCUCUAUCCCUCUCGAUUCUCCCCGGCCCAUCACCACUCCUGGGGCCCCAUUCGUCUUUGGUGCUUACUCCUUCAACGACCUCCCUUCGUACGACACCUCUCGCGGUCCGACGGCUGUACCAGCUUCUGACGCGCCUUCAGCGUCCCGUACUCGCAAACCUGGUAAAUCGUCGACCAAAUCUGAUGGUAAAACGACGGGUUCUAGUAAGGACACGGCGUCGUUGAAGAAGAAAGGCAAGCAGAAGGCUUCCGCUCAGGAGACGGAACUCCAGGAGGCCCUGGGCGAUGAGUAUGACUCGUUGGAUCGCGAAAAACAAGCCGUCGCCUUCCAGUUCUUCGCGGCUAACCCUGUACUUCCCGAGGCACCUAGUUCGACUAUUCCUGCACCUGAUAUCGAUGAUGACAGUGCCGACAUGUACGUCGACGAUAUCGAAAUGGUGGUAGGACAGGAGAGUCGAAUCCCGUCGGAGGAAGUCCCCCUCCCGCCUGCGGUAGUCCCAACGGCGGACACUCCGUUCCUUGGGGUAGCUAUUCCUCCCCCUUCGUCACUGGCGGGUCCUUCCUCUUUCGUGCCGACUGAGGUCGCUAUCCGUGGUAGGACCCUCAAACGCCGGGCGCCCAGCGACUCCAAGGCCAGUAAGUCGAAGCGUGGCCGUAAGUAG